CACCCCUGCCUCACGGGAAUUAGAUUUCCCACCCCUGGGUUUAGAAUUGCCACCCCAUUUAAAAGUGGGGAAAAACCAAUAUUGCCCCUCCGUGUUUUAGUCCGAAUGUAUAACAUUCGGACUCCUCCGAAUUUUCAAAUGUCGGACUCAGUUAAUAAUAGAACAAAACUAUCAAUUCAGAUUCACAUUUGUAACGGGACAGAACAUCAACUCUCGGACUGGUUCAGGAGAAGCGACCCAGAGGCACCCAAAUCGACCCACACAUCACGACCAAAAGCAACCAAGAAUCAUAUGUGAUUCAAAACCGACCACACUGAGAUUAUGGCGAGGACAAAGCAAACUAAGAGGGUAUCGUCUGAAGAGUUGGCCGAUCGUCGUGCCUAUCUCCACGCUUCUCAUAGGCGAGGUGAUCAUGAUACAGAUGUGUCGACUUCUCGGAAGCGGGCUAGGAAGGGUGCUAGGAAGGGGGCUCCGAAGGCGACCACUGAGGUUCCUGCCCCUGCUACUGAGGUUCCUGCUACUCAGGUUCCUGAUACUGAGGUUCCUGCCCCUGCUACUGAGGUUCCUGCUACUCAGGUUCCUGCUACUGAGGUUCCUGCUCUCUCGACGCCUGAGGUUACUGCUACUGAGGUUUCUCCUCAGUCGACGCCUGAGGUUACCGCCCACGAUACUGUUGAGCCUUCCACCUCUUCACUUGAUAUUGAUGCAGUUGAGGAGCCGGAGUCGGGGUCGGAGUCGGGGUCUGAGUCUGAGAUUGAGGGUGAGGAUGUAGAGGUAGAGGAUCCGAAUAUGCCGCCGCUCCAGAGAGAUCCACCGUUUCCUGGUGGGCCGGUUGAGUUGUCACUUCUGCAGCAUUACCCGGAUUACAUAGCGCCGUGGACGUGGCAUACCCUACUAGGCACCACUGACCCUCGUUAUUCUGAGCGAGGUGAUUUGAGGCUUGCCACUGCUGGUAUGAAGCUCGGGCUGAUGACGUGUGAGGGGGACAAUUACAGGGAGGUCCGGUUGAUUGUGGAGAGGAGCGGACUGUAUCCACUGGUCAGGUGCAGCUAUGUAGAGACGGAUCCAGGGCUUAUAUCGGCCCUUGUGGAGAGGUGGCACGAGGAGACUAGUAGUUUCCACAUGCCAUUUGGGGAGAUGACUGUCACCCUUGACGACGUCUCCGCUCUUCUUCACAUCCCGGUUGGUGGGAGAUUCUACACUCCAGGAGUGGCCUCGAGAUAUGAUGUGGCAGAGACCUGCGCUUUGCUGUUAGGGGGGGAUGCAGAUUUGUACAUGGCUGAGUUUGAUAAGCUUAGGGGUCCGACUAUGAGGUUCAGCUUCUUGCGAGACCUUUACCCGAAAGCUGUUGCAGAGGGGCGGUACGAGCAUGCAGCCAGGAUGUACCUGAUGCAUCUUGUUGGCGCGACAUUGUUCGCCAACAAGAGUGGGGGGCACUCAUUCUCCGCCCGUUGGAUAGGCAUGCUACAGGAUCUUGAGCGGGUGUCGGAGUUCGCGUGGGGCGCCAUGGCCCUUGCCACGUUGUACGACCAGCUUGGACAGUCUUCUCGCAGCGGGGUCAAACAGAUGGGCGGUUACACUUCCCUGUUGAUGGCCUGGGUCUUUGAGCACUUUCCAGACAGGCUCGUUCGCCGGUAUGCGAACCCGGCUUACACAGAGGACCAGCCCAGAGCUCGUAGGUGGACAGAGUCACGGUCGGGGCAUGCUAGGCUUGACGAGAGGCGAGUACUACUUGAUGAGUUGACGGCCGACGACGUCACUUGGACUCCAUAUGAGGCCCACAGGGAAUGGCGACAGCGGGAUGAGAGGGCUUUGUUCUCAGGCUACAUUCGGUGUCCCUAUCCCCCUGCUGUGCGACCUCAUCUUCCGGAGCGGGUCAUGCGACAGUUUGGGUAUAUACAGACGAUCCCGCGCCACCCUAGUGAGAUGGAUAGAUCUCCCGCAGCUGAGGCUGUUGAUGCGGCAUUCGCAGGUUAUGUGCAGUACUUGUUCCCUGAGGGCGACCCUGCUAUAGAGGAGGGACAGGCUGUGGGCGGUUACAUGGAUUGGUACGCUAGAGUGUCUCAUUGUUUCAUCAUACCGGAUGAGAGGAGGAUUGAUCUCAGUGCCGUGGCUGCUUUGCGUAGGGCUUUAGAAGUCCUUGAGUUGUCACUUGAGGUGGAUGAUGCUUUGCUGCCAGGCACACAGGCCCGCGCUUUAACGGAGAGAGCACUUCGCAUCCUCCAGGACUUGGCUGGGACACAGGGCAUUGCUUACGCUGCUGGGAGAGGAGGUCUGGGAGCAGGUGGCCGAGUAGGUGGCCGAGCCGGCGGCCGAGCAGGUGGCCGGGAGGGCGGCAGGGCAGGAGCCAGGGGAGGUCGUAGGGGUAGGGGAGGUCGUCGGGGUAGGGGACAGUAGGGGACAUUAGUUGUA